AAACUCUUAUCGUCUUGGGCUCCGGUUUGCCUCAUAGCGUAUCAAAUGAGAAUACAGUUAGUUAGUUUACCUUAUUCUUCUGACAAUUAAUGCUAAAAAAAAAAAAUGGAUUACUUGCUCGGGGUGAAAGUAGGCUCUCUGUUUGGUUUGUUGUUUUUGACUCUCCUUUUUGGAUUUAUCCCAGCUCGAGUCCUGUGGUUCAGAGACACAAACGCGACAGAAAUCCAGCGGACAGUUCUGAGUCUGAUUAGCUGUUUUGCUGGUGGUGUUUUCCUGGCAGCAUGUCUGCUGGACAUCAUUCCCACUUAUCUGUCCGACAUCAGCGUCGAGCUGGAGGCUCGGAGUGUGGAGACCAACUUCCCCCUUCCAGAGUUUAUCAUGGCAUCUGGCUUCUUCGCUGUCCUCAUCAUUGAGAGGAUGGUCCUAAACUGUGGGGGGAUGAGAGGAGCUCAGGAGGAGAGGGCGCCUCUGAUACAGGACCACAGGAACGGUCAUGGACACGGGCACAACCCUGUCGCGGACCCUGAUGUGGAGGGCAGCAGCCAACACGUCCACGUUGACUUCAACGCUCACUCCCCUUUUCGUUCCUUCAUGCUCUUCUUCUCCCUCUCGAUCCACUCGAUAUUUGAGGGCCUCGCUAUUGGUCUGCAGAGCACAGACUCAAAGGUUUUAGAACUCUGUGUCGCUAUACUUAUCCACAAGAGCAUCAUCGUGUUCAGCCUAUCUGUGAAGCUGGUCCAGAGCGCCGUCAGUCCGUUAUGGGUGGCUGCUUACAUCGGAGUGUUCGCCAUGAUGUCACCCAUAGGCAUCGCCAUCGGCAUCUCCGUAAUGGAGGCGGGGCUAGCAGCUGGAGCACUCAUCCAGGCUAUCCUCGAGGGGCUCGCUGCAGGGACAUUUGUUUACAUCACGUUUAUGGAGAUCCUCCCACAUGAGCUCAACUCCCCUGGGAGACAGAUUAUCAAGGUGCUCUUCAUCCUGCUGGGCUUCAGCGUCAUGGCAACUUUGACGUUUUUGGGCUGAGACUGAGACCAGGUGGCAAAUCAGCUGGCGCCCGUGUCAGGAUGUGACCCUGGGCGCUUUGUGCAAUCUACUGCAGC